UUCGAAAAUUUUGGAUGCGAGUCCCCCGCCAUAAGAAAACCAAACGCUCUUUUGAUUCGAUCAUUUUCUGAAAAUCUCGGUCGCUCUCUCUCGGAGGACACUGAGAGUGAGAAGGCGGGGGUGAUGGCGGAGGUGAACCGGUGGAGCGUGACCUACACGAAGCACAUGAAGCAGAAGCGCAAGGUCUACCAGGACGGCUCCUUAGAGGUCAACGCCUCCACCAAUAAGAUGUUGCUGUUUGACGACUGCGAGAAGCUCUUGGAGUGCAGGAUAUUGAAGAAAGACGAACAAGUCAGCUGCGGCGAAACUCUCACGUUCAAUUCUUUUCUCGUUGACGUGAACGAAGCCUUAUCGGCUGACGGAGAUCGAAAACCUGUACCUGGUUUCGAUUCUCGAGCAAAAGAUGAGAAGCGCGCAAAGCCGUUUGUGAUUUCCAGGAAUAAGCCACAGAUAAGUAUGAGUCCGUCGCAAAAGAUUAUCAGAGAGUUUAAGAGUAGGGGACUGCACAAGUAUGGCGCAGGACAGAGUAGUCCAGAAACCACGAAUACUACCAAAACAGAGUGGCAGGUUUUGUACACCACCCAACUAACUCAAAAGGCCAAGAAGUAUCAUGAUGGUUUCUUACAGUUUUCGACUUCUGGGUCUUAUGGAAAGCAGAUACUACUGUUAGAUGCAAGCGGGAAUCAAAUAGACUGCAGGUUCCUUAAGAAAGAUGAAGUGGUAGCUUCCGGUGAAUCAAUAAGAUUUGAUGCUCAUUUAGUUGAAAUUGGAGAACGUGAAGGAGAUCGUAAGCCUGUAGCAGAUUUGCAUAUAAGAGAAAACAAACAUAAUGUUGUCGCUGAGGCAGGAAUAAACCUUGAACAGGGUAAUGGUGUUAUCACCAAUAAAGGUGCUGGAAAAGAAUGGAAGGUCCUCUACACUACACAAAUAACUCAAAAGGCCAAAAAGUACCAUGAUGGUUUUUUAAAGCUCGCAUUGUGUGGCUCCCAAAGGAGGCAGGUUAGUUUAUUUAGUGAAGAUAAAACCAUGCUGAGUAGUAAGCACAUCAGUUUGUCUGAAGAUAUAAGACAAGGUUGUAUGUUUGAGCUACCAAAAUAUCUGGUGGAGGUCGGUGAACCUUAUGCUAGUUCUGGAGAGGAUGAAGGAAAGUCCGAUGACAAAGAUUGUUUGAAGAAAGCUUCAAACUCAAAUCAUAGCAUCUCCAGUGUUGAGGAAACAAAACCAGGGAGGGCAGUCCCUACAAACAAGCCUUUGCGUGAUGCCCGUCAGAUUUUGUCCAUUCUCCAAAAACCUAUGGCUCAGGAGAGCAAAAUUUCCAGUCAUGAUAAUAACAGCGCGGCUAGGCCAGUUACCACCUCUAAGGGGUCGCAUGUUUCAGAUGCUAUAAUAUUGGAUUCCUCUGAAGCUGAUCAACCGUCACAACCACAUAGAAUAGCUGUGAAAAUAGAACUGAGUGAAAAGAUGGACACUGGAAAACCACCUGAUCUUAUGUCUUUUAAAGUCUAUGCAGGCAAAUCCGGUGGUAGUGGCGGGCGAGUAGCUGAUGGAGCCGACAUCAGAAAAGACCAGCAAUAUUCAGGCAAUGUGGAAGCUGACACUAAACAGCGUGACAGAGCAUACGCUUCUGAGAAAUCAAGUCUCAGUUCUUGUGCUUCUCAUGAUGCUGCUGAUGAGAAAAGACCUCGUUUUGAGGAGCCUGUUUUGGAGCAAAUCGAAGUAUGCCCAAGUUUCGAUCUUGGAUUUUAAACAACUUUACCCAAGUUUCGUUCUUCUAAUCAAUCGCUGUAUGGCCAGCGCUUGUAAAUUGUGAAUUGGAUGAUUUUAUUGACUCUCUUGCUAUCUUGUGGAAUAAAUUCCUUGGAUAAAAAAAUAGCAAGAUCCAAGAAAAGCUCGCCAACGUAUAUUUUCAGUGGUAA